UUCUCUUUCAGAUCGAUAGCGCCUAUCCUGUAGGUGGACUUUGGUUAAGUCCUGCUCCACGGAGUGAAUCUAUCCAUCUUUGAUUCAGAAUGGCAGGCAAAGAAAAGAAGAAAAUAACUGGAGCCGAUGAAGCAGGAAACAGAGGAGGACCAGGGCGUCCGCCACUGUCUGAAGAAGAAAAGAUGAAAAAGAAGGAAGAGAAAAAUAAAAAGAGCAGAGAAAGUCAGUUCUUUGUAUAUAAGUCUUCAAUGGAUAGAGAGUACUUAUGGCGAGCAUAUUAGGAGAAGAUAUUUGAACAUACUUAUCUGCUUAAUUAAGAGAAUUGCUUUGAAUGUUUUCUCUCUAUCAAUUACAGUAACUCUUACAGGAAUUUGAAUGCAUUUUAAGUUAACUGUGUGAAGAUUGUGGAAAUUGAUGAGGGAAAUAAAUUCUCUAUUAUUUG